AUGUCAUACGAGGAAAUUCCUCCUGACGUCGUGUCCCCUCACGAUGCUCCCACGCAGACUAUCCAACAGACACUCAAAUGCAAAGACACUGUGAUCGCCCUUUACGACUUUCCCGGAACCCAGCCUUCCCAUCUCCCGCUAGAUUUGGGAGACACCGUUUACGUGUUGGCAAAAAGCGACUCCGGCUGGUGGGACGGUGUGGUUAUCGCCAAUGGCGAACUACUGCGUGGCUGGUUCCCGCAUAACUAUGUCCGGUCGGUUAACUACGUUCAGCCGGUGUUAAACAAAUUGAAGUCCAAUAAGGAGAUAGACUCCAUUACUGCUGCCAAUACCGCUGCAAAUGUGCUUAUACCUUCGUUUACCAGUCUCCUACAACGGUCGCUAGUCGAUCUGGGUAAGAACAGCCCGGCCAGUAAUACCCGUAAGAAUUCCGUGGUAUCCUUUGCCUCCCUGGAAACUAGUAUAUCCGACCUGAAACUGCGUUCCAACCAGGCUCUUUCUGUCCAUACGCCUUCUCCAGGCUCAGAGGGAACUGAAGGCGCAUCUCCAGCUCCAGCCCCUGCCCUCCAUCAGCCUUCAUUUGCAUCUACGCUAUCGUCACACUCUGAAGAUAUCCCAGUGCCCCAAGAGGCACCUCCCCUCAAAUUCGUUCCUGUUGAAGAGGCUGAGAGAUUGACGCUAGAAGUGAAGCAAACAGAGGGUAAGAACAUUGUCUGGACUCCUCGUGGUACAACUUCUGGUAAUGUGGCUUUCUACUCAGAACAGCUCGAAGUGUACUGUGAGACGCUACCGUUAGUACCAUUUAUGCCCCACAUAGAUUUGGCAGGCGGAAACCUUGCCUUACCUACUGUGGAAGCCCUUCAUGAAAUUACCCCAGUGAAUGUUGUGAGGGAUGAUGAACCGGAAGAUGGUGAAACUCACGAUCGUUCAAACUCUAGCGUCAAGGGCUUUGACUUGAAGCGUGACUCCAAUGCAUCUUCCAUGUCGACUACAAGCUCGGUCUCGUCUUACCAUCAUUUCCUGCAACCAUUCUUCGCUACGAACGGCUUGUUCUAUAAUCUGUUUGAUGAUAUAAACAAGUGGACUGAGCUCAAAGAACACUUCAACUAUCUACUAGAUUUGACUUACAAAGCUUUAAAGGAUUCAAACAAACAGCUUUUCUCCAUGCAUCUUUCUCAGCUUACUAAAGUCGUCUCGAUAGUUCUCGCCGGCUCAAGACUAUGCCACCACGACUUUGCAGAUUCAAAAUACGAAAGUUCGAUUAGACGGAAGCUCAAGCGUAUCACUAAUGGCUUUUCCCAGCUAUACAUCAACGGGCUCCUUCAUUUAAGUGUUAUGCAUUAUUCAGUCGCUGCAUCAAAUGCAGAGCUCUUCAGUCUUGAUAUCCGGAGUUUGAAUAAGUCAACUGGUCCUACGCCCCAAGCAUCUACCAUACUGCCUUCUGAUUCAAUUGGUUCCGGUAAUACUGUACCUCAUCCUCGUGGAAGCCUGGCAGAAGAUUUGGAGAAGAUGGGCAGGUCUUCUGGUCUGGAAGUUUCUCAAGAUUCGGUAGAUUCAUACCUUCUGCAGAUUGAUCAUGAGGUCGAGGCUGUUAGGUCUAAUAUGAAUGGAUUGAUCAAAAUUUUCCUUCGGCUCAGCAAAGGUAAGAGAAUUACUAUCAAGGAUUAUGAUAGUUCUGAUGCAUCCGAAGACGAGGGAGAAGACCGUUACAAUGUCCUUCCGCAGGUAUAUCCCCGUUUUCUUGCGGACGAGUUUAAUGGUGGAAAUUGGUGUAACCCAUUCUUCACGAAUACGAAACCAUAUCUCAAUUUGAGUGGUGAGCACUUGAAGAACAGAUAUCAUCUCAAGAUAAUCAUCGAUAGUGUCGGAUAUGAACGUGUCAAACUGUCGGCAUCUGAAAUUGUCAAGAUAAGUUCGGAAACAUUGAACUACUUGGAACCCCAUAACCAGGAAAGGUACUACAAUGAACAACUAAGGAACGGAAGGAACGAGCAGAUUUUGCGUUUUAUCUACAAGUAUUUGCAUCACGCUAGCUCCAUGAUAGACCUAUUGGAAUCUUUUGACUUCACAGUUUUCUGUCUUAUCAAAAGAUCGUCUUCCGGUGACAGUUUAGGUAGCAAUGAAGAACCACGGGACGAUGCACAGCAUGAUGACAACACCACUGGUAACCUUACAUUUGAUUACCCUGUGGUCCUUGAGUUCUUCAAAGCGAAACAGUACUUUCACACUUUGGUAUCAAAGGUCAUCAUGUAUUCGCAAUCGCUUACUUUGGAUGAUCCUGAUGUGUUCACCGCUAUGAAGGAGGAUGACCCUGUACUUUAUAACAGAGAAACAAUCAAAGAUCCCCUUGAAAGAUCGGCGAUGGUUUUGAGUAAUAUAUUGAUGCAGCAGAAUAAGAUGAAGGCCCCAGAGGCCAUCACUCUUGACAAAGAUGAAGUGGUUUCCGAUUUACUUCUUGAAGGUAUCGACUUCUGCGAGCAUAUUACAACGUUGGUGCAACAACUUGUGGAAGAACGUGAGACAAUCUUGAAUUAUGCCACCAGAGUUAUGUAUGAUGAUUUCAAUGUGCAACUUCUUGUCAUCGAAAGAAACAAUACGGCUGCUGGUGACAAGAAUGAGGAUAGCGGCGCUCAAUAUUAUAGCAGCAAAAAGGGUAAUGAAGAUACGCCAUGGUAUUUGGAAGGUGACGAAGAAUGUGACUUAUUGCUCGAUAUUAAGGGCAACAUAAAGGGUGGAACAAAGGAGGCGCUUGUCGCUCACUUGACUCGUCACGAAUCACUUGACAGUGGCUUCAUUUCUGUUUUCCUCAUUACUCUCGCUACGAUGAUGUCAAUCGGCGAAUUUGUUCAGCUUCUUAUAAACAGAUUCAACAUGGAUGCGCCAGAAGGUUUGAGUUACGAGGAGUAUUUGGCAUGGAAAUCCAUGAAGCAAAGCAAAGUGCGUACCAAGGUUUUGGACAUCAUGAAGCUUUUAAUUGAUGUCCAUUGGUGUGACUCCUAUUAUAGCAUAACGGUGUUGCAACGUUGGUUAUCCUUUGCGCAGUUGCCGACGGUCAAGCGUUUCCCUGUUUCAGGCAAAAUUGCAGAAGGUAUUGAAAAGAUUCUUCGUGGAGAGAAGACUACUAGAAGACAAGAUACUGCUGUUGUGCUUGGUAAGCCUCCAGCUCCAAUUCUCAAGGGUUUCUCUAUCAAAAAGUUGAAACUUCAGGACAUUGAUUACAUUGAAUUUGCACGUCAAAUCACCAUUCGUGAAUUCCUGCUCUUCUGCCAGAUCAACAAGCUCGCAUGUAUCAAUAAGGUAUGGGGAAAGAAGUCUGGUCUUCAGGAAACUAUUGAGCCUAUCACUAACUUCAUCAAAGUUUCGAACCAGUUAACGAACUUCGUCGCUUAUAUGAUUUUGAGAAAGGACGAUGCAAAGAAGAGAGUGAGGGCAAUCAGAUACUUUGUUCAAGUGGCCGAGAAAUGUCGUCAGUACAAUAACUUCUCGUCAAUGACGGCUAUCAUUUCAGCUCUUUAUUCAUCACCUAUCCAUCGUCUUAAGAAGACCUGGGCAUAUGUAUCUCGAGACAUUCUUACGCAGCUUCACAACAUGAACAGGCUUAUGAAUUCUACGAGAAAUUUCAACGAGUACAGAGAUGUUCUCAAGUUCAUCGGAUCCGAGCCAUGUGUGCCUUUCUUUGGUGUGUACUUGAGUGACUUGACUUUCAUCUACCACGGAAAUCCACAAUACUUGUUGAACCGUACCAGAAUGAUUAAUUUUGCUAAGAGAUCGAAGACGGUUGAGAUUGUUGAAGGUAUUGACAGAUUCCAAAAAAUCGGUUAUAACUUCCAAAGUGUCAGUGAAAUCCAAAAGUACCUCGACCUUUGGUUCGAUAAGUGCCCUUCAAUUGAAGAACAAUACCAAUUGUCAUUGAAUUUGGAGCCACGUGAGGUUAUUGACCGCAGCAGGACAAAGAAGAAGAAUGAAAAAGACGAAUCAGGUGGUCAGCUGCAGCCGAAACUGGCGGUGAACUCCUUCUCGGAAAACGUUGCAAACUCCCUUAAUGAAAUAGGCGAGCCCCAGAGUAAAAGUAUAGAGAAUAUUAGACAACUUAAGAAUGGAUCCAGCAUAUUGAACACCAAAACCCCAGAUCCCCAAGAACUUCUACAACCAGGAGAUGAACCCGAGUCCACAAACUCCAGCCAGGUCCAAUUAACCAAGGAGAACACUCCUUCUGGUGAUAAACCAACUGGGACAAGCCCUGCUGGAGAUAGUCCUGCUCCUGCUCCUUCCCCUUCUCCUAUAGCCACUUCGGGUCCCUUGAAAGACAUUGACAUGGAACAAUUACCCCCAGCAGUAAAACUCAAACUCAAUAAGUUCGUCAGAUAUGAAGAUAAGUACCCGAAGCUUUUCGAUGCCUAUAAGACAGAGAAGCGUAAAGCCAGUCUUGUUGAUGCAUUCGGUGAUGUUCUUCGAGAGUACACACCAGUUACACUGAUUGCUGAUGCUGGAGAGCUAGUGGAGUAUUUGCAGAGUAUACAUGACAAGACUAAGAUUGCUGAACAAGAACUAAGGAAGAAAACGACAGAGGCAUCGCAAUUGGCGAGACGUCUUGCUGAUGCAGAAAAGACUGUGAGGUAUACUGAAGAGUCGCUUGAUAAGGCUCUGAAAGGCAAGGAGUCGCUCAAUGCCAGAAUUGAAUCACUACUGCGUGAAUUGCAAAGAGUUAAGGCUGAGAAUGAGAAUAGGACGGAAAAUACUGAGGGUGGAGCCGAUCCAGAGCUUCAGAAGUCUGUCGAUUCUCUUAAGGAACAGCUCGGCUCAACGCAAGCUGAAUUAGACGAGCUUGUCGAACAGAAGAAAACUUUCACUAAGGACCUUGAAUCUCAGAAGGAAAAGACAGAAGCUCUUACCAAAGAGGUCGAUACAUUAAAAUCCGAGAAGCAAGCUGCUUUGGACGAACUCGAAUCGCUGAACUCCAAGCAUGACGCACUUUCUAAAGAGCUUGAAUCUCUUAAGGCGGAAAAGGAAGCUCUUCAAAAGGAUAAAGAAUCUCUUGAGCGUGAAAAGCAGACUCUUCAAGCUACCGUCGACGAUUUGGAAAAGAAGCUUACAGAUUUAAACAAGCAACUUGAGGAGGUCAAGGUUGAAAGGGAUGAGGCAAAAUCAAACGCUAGUGCGGCCCCUGAAUCCCCGUCUACUGCUGCACCUGCUCAACAGACGCAGCAACGUGCUGGAGGCAACAAGAAGAAGAAGAACAAGAAGAACAAAGGUCAACAGAACGCUGCGGUAGCUACGGAGCCAGCUGCUGUCUCUACUGAAGCUGACAAUGGCUCAUCUGAAUGGGAAUCUAAAUACAACGAGCUCUCGCUGAAGUAUGAUGCCCUUGUUAAUGAGAAGGAUUCACUUGCUGCAGAACUUAGCCUUUCUCGAAAGGCUGUUGAAGCUAAGGACGAGGAGAUCGAACUCUUGAAAGACCUGUUGAGAGAUAUUGGAGAUGAGUUAGUUACAGCUAAGGAUGAACUCAAGAACCUUAACCUGGACAAUUCUACCAAGGAGAAACUCCAGAAGUAUGAUGAUCUCGAAAAACAGGCCGAAGAAGCAUCAGCUCAGCUUGAAAAGCUCAAGAGGGACUCAGAAGACCAGGUGAAGAAGAUGAAGGCUGAGUUGACCGAACAAGUCGAGAAAGCAAAGAGUGAAUCUUUGGCAAGUGCAGAGAAGCAGCAGGAAGAUACUAAAGCAGAAAUCGAGAAGCUCAAACUGGAAUCUCAAAAAUCCUCAGGAACUAUCAAAGAUUUGAGAACCCAACUCACAACUGUCAAUAAAGAAUUAGAUGGUUCUAAGAAGGAGAUCGAGAGCUUGCAUCAAGAGAAAGCUAAGUUGAACCUGAGAAUAGAUGAGCUUUCAAAGGCAAAGAGCAUGGAUUCUUCCUUAAAACUUGAAAUUGCUUCAUUGCAAUCUUCGGUCUCACACAAGGACGAGUUAAUCAAGGAAUACAGAGACGAGUCUGAGAAGCGUGUUAAGGAAAGAGAUACUUUGAGGGCUACUAUUUCGCAACUUGAAAAUUCUAACUCCAGUUUACAAAGCAGUAACAAAAGCCUCGUUCAAGAAAAGUCUAACCUCAUUAAUGAGAAGGAGAAUACUACCCAACGCAUCAAUUCUUUGAAUUCUGAGCUUUCUAAGCUUCAGGUUAGUAAGCAUGAGGUGGCAAGCGAACUCGACGGUUUGAAGACGAAGUAUGACUCCAUGGUCAAGAACAAGGCCACUUCUUCCGACGAGGUUCAGUCUUAUAAGCAGCAGUAUGACGAGCUUAGUAUGAAACUGAAGGAGGCACAACUUAGAAUUGACACUUUGGAAGACGAACUUUCGGAAGCAAAACUGAUGCUUCAAGAAAGAACAAGGGAAUCUUCUACAAUUAGAAAGCUUCUUAUUGAGGCGGAGGAGAGGAAUAAUAUUGAGUGCGCUAACCUCAAGAAUGAGAUCCGGUCUAUCAAUGAAGAAAAGCUGGAGCUUGAGUCUUCCCUCCAAGGCUCAAUCAAGCAGAGACAAAGAGAAAUUGAAGACUUGAAAGCCAAAUCUUCGGAGUCUGCUAAGAAGAUUAAGGAGUUAUUGGAGCAGAUUGAUGCUCUCAAGAAGAAGUAUGAACCUUUGAUUAAUGAGGCUGCAAUCUCUCCCGAAGCCGCCAAGAAGACCAAGGACUUGGAAAAUACCAUUGACGAAUUGCGCAGCUCUCUCCAGUCCUCGAGUUCUAAGGUGAAAGAGUAUGAGAAUUUGAACCGUGUUCUCAAAAAGUUGAACGAGGAGUCCUCCUUGAAGUUCGAGCGUCUCCUGAAGAACUACAAGCAUGUGACGCAGCAGUAUCGCCAGAUGCAAAGCACCAAGGCUACACCUCCAGAGUCCACUAGAAGCUCUUCUGAACAGCCUCCUGCUGCUGCGGCUCCACCUGAUAAGGACACCAAUACUGCGUACCUCAAGAAUGUUCUUUUUGGAUUCUUUGAGCACAAGGAACAACGCGAGCAACUUUUGCCGGUGGUCAAGACUCUUUUCCAACUCGAUGAUGCCGACGAAGCUAAAUUAAUGAACGCCUUGAAAUAG